CUCCCAAAAGGCAGCGUAUUAGAGAAGCCAAGUUGUCGCUGCUUUUCUUGGUUUUUUCGCUCUGCGGCUUCUUAUCUUUUAGAUCCGAAAAAAAAAUUAGGGAUCUCUUCUCUCGGCAAAGCAUCUAGGGUUUACAGCAGGCCUUCAAUUGGAACAUCUUGCUUCUAUGGGAAAUUGCAUCUACAAUUUCCUUGAGCUUAACCUCACCGAUGGAGGAAACCAGCGCAGCAUAGAGGACAACGAUUCGGUAACAUCCUAUUUUCAUUUUCUAUUUUAUUUUUUAAAAUAUUAAUUGAAUUUUUAGAAAUUGGAGAUGGACAACCAUUCGGUUUCAAAGAGAGUUUAAUGCACUGCUUCUCAAAUUUACGAACUUCCGCCUUCUCGAGUACGCUACUAAAAUUUCCGGCCAUUAACGGAGGAGCUUCGGCCAAAAAUUGCAGCUACAGGCUCUCAACGUUUGAUGAGAAAUGUUUGAGGAGUGGAGCAGGAGGAUUUGUAGGUCUCUCUUUUAGCUAUUUCAUUAGAGCCACAGGUGUUCUCUUAAGAAUUUUUUUCCGCUAGAUCCUUCUUAACAAGGUUCUAAUUAAGUUUGAAAAGAUGAGAAGCAACCGAAGCAUGGCUCCGAGUGAAAAAGAAAUAUUCCACCGGGCUAAGUAUUGAUGACAGUUAAAUCCCAACGACAACAGGGGCACAUGGACGUAUUCCAGAGAGGUAAUGUUAUCUUUCAUCUUUUUUUCCUUUAAUUUAUUUAUACUCCAUUUUUACAAUAUAAUUUUAAGCAUUUUUAUAUUUUGGGUUUCCUGAUAAAAAAACCCUAGGCCCCAAGGCAAAGUUCCCGUUUAUGUUUAUCGGUAUGAGAGAGAUCAUUAAGAAGAAACAUAUUUCUUAUUUUUUUUAUUUUCCACUCACAUUUUCAGUCUUAGUUACUUUGGAUGAAUUUGAUAGGUUCAUCUAAGUAAUAUAUUAAUGUAUUUCAUGGCUAAAACAGAUCAAGAUUUGCUAAAUUAGUCCGUUGUACUUCGAUUUAACUUCUUAAUUGCUUAGUAGAUACUCUUUAGCAUAUAUAGGUUUUUUUUAAUAGGGAAAAUGUUUGAAUGAGCCACUAUAGGGAUCACAUGAGCUGUUGGGAGAAGAUGUUUCAUCUCAACCUAAAAGUAGUGCAAAAAUUUAUAAUUUCUUUUUGGGUGUGACCUUUAGUAAGUAUCCCAAAUCUCAAGACGGUAAGACUUUCAUUCCAAAACUUUUUUAGUAAUAAGUUUCUGCUUAUUUAAGAUUUUCUUAAUAUAAGGGCUAUGAUUUAUUGGUCCAUUGUUUGACAAAAAAAUCACUUUUAUAAGUGAUUUUGUUCUAAUGGGAGACAAGGAGAUUCUAGCUUUAUGUAUGGAAUAUGCCAAGUUAGUAGAACAUGUUAAUAAUUGGUCUCUUUAAACUCUUUAAACUUGAGCAUGUUAUGAUGAUAGGUUAUUUUUACCAUGUUUGUUUUACAGAUGUUGUGAUGAUAGCUUAUUGUCUCUACAUCUGAAAUUUGAAUUUGAUUCUUGCAUAAUUUUUUUGUUACGCCAUCUAUAAUAAUUUGGUUUGUUUAGGUAUCUACUACUCUUGGGAAGUUAAACAAGCUAUCAUGGAAGCAAAGAAGAAGAAUAAAGAAGAAAAAGGAAAACAAUAAAAAGGAGAAGAAAAGGAGGAUGAAGAACAAGAAGCCGAAAAAGGAUAUGUAAUGAAUAUAAUAAACAAAUAGAUAUAUAUUAAUGGUCUAAAUAUUAUUUUGAAUAUUGUGGAAAAUUAUACGAGAAAAAAUAUAUAUGAGCGGAUGGAAUAAUUUUGUGUGUUCAAUCAUGAUAUCCAACAUAUAAUAUCUUUGAAUCUAUAAAAAUCAAAUGGAUAGCCAAAUCAUCAUCCAAGGAAACCCCAAUCCUCAAUAUGCCAAUUCUUGGUCAUCAAACCCCACACCUCCUUUGGGCUCCUCCGUUUACCUCCAGCAAAGAGAUUUGCUCCUUAAGUUCAUCCAAGAAACCAGAGCCACCCGCUCUCCGGCCCCUCAAGCGGGGCCGGAGGCGAAGAAAAAGGUGUACAGAGGGGUGAGACAGAGGCACUGGGGGAAGUGGGUCGCCGAGAUCCGCCUCCCCCAGAACCGGAUGAGAGUCUGGCUCGGGACCUACGACAGCCCCGAGGCCGCCGCGUACGCCUACGACACCGCCUCGUACAAGCUCCGCGGCGAGUAUGCUCGCCUGAACUUCCCCCACCUCCGCCACCACCCCGACGGCCUCGCCGCCGCCAACCCUAAGCUCGCCGCCGUCCGGAAUGCCGUGGAUGAGAAAAUCCGCGCCAUUCGCCAGAAGGUGAAGGAGAAGAAGAAGAAGACGACGAAGAAUACGGCGGCGGCGAAGGCCGCCGUCGGUUCCGUCGUCCGCGUUCUCGAGUCGUCGGCGGCGGCGGCGGAGUCGCCUUCGUCUUCCUCGUCGUCAUUUGCCGGCGGGAACGGCAGUUGGAGCGGCGGUUUGAUUUCUCCGAGUGUUUCCGAUGAUGGGUUUUGGAGGAGCGAAGCAUCGCCGCCGUGCUCCGUCUCCGAUGAGCUUCUGCCGGCGCCGGGUGACCCUGAGCUAGAAGGUUGUUCCCUUUCGAGGAUGCCUUCCUUCGAUCCAGAAUUGAUAUGGGAAGUUCUGGCCAACUAAGACACGGAUUAUUUGUUUUUUUUCGUACUUUAAUUAAGAGUUUGUCUUGUU